AGAUUUAGUGUGGAGUAGCAUAGGGGGAAAAAUCGGUAGGAUUGGAUAUAGGAGCACUGCCAUGAGUGAUCAUAACAUCAUGGACUUCUGCCUGGGAACAGUUGUCCAUGGAAAGGGAGGAGGGGUGUGGUGCUUACAGUUUUUCUCGAUUGCUAAGACACAAAACCCAGUACUCUAAACCAAAUGACCAGUUGCCUAAACACAUUUAGUAAAACUACCCCCCAUUUGCCACAACCAAAAACACAAUUCACCUGUAGACACUGUUCACAAAACCCAUCCCCUUUUUCUCAAAACUCUAAACACAUUUUGCCUUGCUAAAACACAUUUAGCAUAUAUCUCUGCUCAAAUAUGCAUUGUGAAGCUCAUGUGAUGCAAAAUGCCACACACAGUCAGCAAAACCUGAACACAAUGAACACACCUGGUGUAAUUCAGUAAACACAACGACUCAUAAUUGAAAACACCUAUUGCAAAUGAUGUGACCACACCUAUAUAAGUCAGUUUGCUGAAGGUUCCAAACAAAAAUGGAUGAUCAAGGAAGAAGAAGAGGAGUUCGUGCCAGAGGAGGGAGAGGAGUUCGUGCCAGAGGAGGGAGAGGAGUUCGUGCCAGAGGAGGGAGAGGAGUUUUUGUCAGAGGAGGGAGAGGAGCAGGCCAAGGAGGGAGAGGAGCAGGUCAAGGAGGUAGAGGAGCGGGCCAAGGAGGGAGAGGAGCAGGUCAAGGAGGUAGAGGAGCGGGCCAAGGAGGGAGAGGAGCAGGUCAAGGAGGUAGAGGAGCGGGCCAAGGAGGGAGAGGAGCAGGUCAAGGAGGUAGAGGAGCGGGCCAAGGAGGGAGAGGAGCAGGUCAAGGAGGUAGAGGAGCGGGCCAAGGAGGGAGAGGAGCAGGUCAAGGAGGUAGAGGAGCAGGCCAAGGAGGGAGAGGAGAAGGAGGGCGAGCAAGACAACGCAUCUUCAUCACAGAUGAAAUGAGAGCAACGGUCAUUGACCACGUCAUUGUCCACGGCAUGACAAUGACCGAAGCUGGACAACGAGUCCAACCAAACCUAAGCCGAUUCUCAGUGGCCACCAUUAUUCGGGCCUUCAGAGAACACAACAGGUACUGUAUGUACUAUUUUUUUAGUCACUACACUAGAUGUUUACAGUAUACAGUAGUAUAGUGGAGUGCACCUACAUACAGACAAGUGCAAUAAUGGUUACAGUAAAAGUGUGUACUGCAAGGACCAUUUCUGACCAAAUGACUGUUUCUCUAGA